AAUACGAAGACGGCCCAGCUUAAAUCUAACAGAAAUCAUUUUAUUUUAUUUUUAUUUUCUAGUAUCUUUAUACAGAGGCAUACACUAUGGUAAUAUACGCUAGAAACCAAAAAUUGGAAGUUUCCUUGAAACUUCUAAUUAAGACGAGGCUUCCUUAUUUUGAUUAUAUUGUUGCUACUUAAAAUUAGAAAUACUAGUACUAGAUAAGCCUAGAGAGGUCAGUUGAUUUCCCAAAACGGCAUUGAGAACGUCCGUGUAACAUGGCUGCAGCGGACAACGCGUACUCGUCCCAUGGGCAUGAUGAGCGACUGAAGCUGAGUCCGGCGACGCGUAUAUUUCAUUCUCUGAAAUACGAUAGCUACAUCGUUGCAAUCAUAGGCUUCAAGACAAGUAUCGAUCCCAAUCUCAUUAAAACCGGUUUAGAGCAGACUUUGAUUAAACAUCCCCGCUUCUCUAGUAAGCUGGUGAAGGAUGAGGGAUGGAUUCCGAGCUCAGUAAACCUAGAAGAGCACGUAAUCGUUGCAAGCAUUGAUGAGCAAAUUGACGAUCCAGAUCGAUUCAUGGAGGACUACAUCUCACACAUGACGAAAACUCCGCUCGACUUUUGCAGGCCAUUAUGGGAGCUUCAUAUCCUAAAUUUGAAAACGUCGCAGUCGGAGGCAUCCGUAGUCUUCCGAAUUCACCACUCCGUCGGGGACGGAGUUUCUCUCAUGUCUCUUCUCCUCUCAUGCACCCGCCAGACCUCUGACCCUGAAAAGCUGCCCACCCUUCCCGCCAUGAAUCCAACUCAGAAAUCAUCAUCAGCUACUACUAACUUCAAUUCGAUUUGGCAGUUCUGGCUGGCUGUUUGGUCGGCAGUGUUGUUGGUUUGGAACACUGUUGUGGAUUUCGUUAUGUACGCGGCCACCAUUUUGUUCCUCAAGGAUACGAAUACUCCAAUCAAAGGCCAAAAGGGGUGUGAGUUUGCUGUAAAUCGUUUCGUCCAUCGUACAGUUAGUUUGGAUGACAUCAAGUUAAUCAAGGACGCAAUGAAUGCGACGGUCAAUGACGUUUUAGUGGGGGUGACACAAGCCGGUUUUUCGCAAUAUUUGAACCGCAGAUAUGGUGAUACACAUGGAAAAGAUGAUAAGGGAAAUUAUCUUCCUAAAGGAAUACGUCUCAGGGCAAGAAUUGCUGUUAAUUUAAGGCCCGUUAAGGGUAUUCAGGCUCUUGCGGAUUUGAUGUCUAAUGGCACAAAGACGAAAUGGGGUAACUUGUAUGGGUUUAUCCUUCUCCCUUUCAAAAUUGCUUUACGAGAUGAUCCGUUGGAUUAUGUUCGUGCAGCCAAAUCUACCGUUGAUAGGAAAAAGAACUCCGGAGGAAUUUUCUGCACCUACUUACUUAACAAAAUUAUACUCAAAACCUUGGGAAUUAAGACAGCUGCUAGAGUAUCACAUAGAGCGGCUUUUAAUAUAACAACAGGCUUCUCAAACAUGGUUGGUCCUAUCGAAGAAAUCAGUUUUUACGGCCAUCCACUUUCUUAUAUUGCUGUAGCUGUUUACGGCUUUCCACGUGCAUUGUCAAUCCAAUUCCAAAGUUAUGUUAAUAAGAUGACAAUGGCUUUAGGAGUGGACCCAAAUGUGAUUCCUGAUCCUCACCAGCUACUUGACGAUAUGGAGGAAUCUCUCAAACUCAUUAAGGAAGCUGUUCUUAAACAGAGACUAGCCGCAGUAGAAGCUGUCUAGUUACAUAUUAUAUAUAUAUAUAUAUAUAUUUAGCAUUAUUUUGAACAUUUUUUUUUAAUGUGAACUGUAUUCUUAAUUUGUAUUGCAUCCGGUCAUAUUUAAAAUUGAUUUGUGUUUCGUGUUUUCA